CCUAGAGAGCAUAAAAAUUAUGGCGAAUACCGUUAAAGGCGUGAAACUUCAGUGGAAUUUAUCCGCAGAAGAAAUCCUGAAACGAACGGAUGAGCUGAUUGAGCAAUCGAGGAAAGUUUACGAUGCUGUUGGUGCGUUAAACCCGGACGAUGUGACGUAUGAAAACUGUUUGAAGGCCUUGUCUGAUGGCAGUGCUGAAUAUCAUACAGCAAAGUCAAACUUGGACUUCCCCCAGCAUGUUUCCACAGAUAAAGAGAUCAGAACAGCCAGUACUGAGGCUGACAGAAAACUUUCAGAAUUUGAGGUGGAAGUCAGCAUGCGGAAGGAUGUCUUUGACAACCUGGUUGCUUUUCAGGAAAGACACAAGGCACCAUUGUUUCGAGAAGCUGGAUGUGUUUUGGAGAGGUUAAUAAAACUUGGAAAAAGAAAUGGUCUUCAUUUACCAGCAGAUGUUCAAACAGAAAUCAAAUCUAUAAAGACAAAGAUGAGUGGUCUAUGCAUUGACUUUAACAAGAACCUGAAUGAGGAGAACACAAUACUGGAAUUUACAAAGGAAGAGUUAGUUGGUUUGCCUGAAGAUUUUAUAAGCAGCUUAGAAAAGACAGAUGCAGGCUUGCACAAAGUUACUCUUAAGUACCCCCAUUAUUUUCCAAUCAUGAGGAAAGCAUCCAAUCCACACACCAGACAGAAAAUUGAAUAUGCAUUUAACAGGAGAUGUAUACAAGAAAACACUCCAAUUUUUGAAGAACUGGUGGAACUAAGACAAAAGAUGGCAGAUCUUCUUGAUUAUCCAACACAUGCAAGCUACAUCACAGAGUUAAAGGUGGAGACAUUUUUCCAUGAGUUUGGCCACGUGAUGCAUCAGUUAUGCGCUAAAGCAGAUUUUGCAAUUUUCAGUGGUACAAAUGUGGAGAGAGACUUUGUCGAAGCUCCUUCUCAGAUGUUGGAGAACUGGUGCUCGGAAAAAGAACCUCUUCAUCGCAUGUCAGCCCAUUACAAAGAUUCCAGUUCUGUUCCAGACGAAAUGCUUGACAAACUCAUAGCGUCUCGUAAUGCGAACACCGGCGUGUUUAAUUUAAGACAAAUUUUGUUGGCAACAUUUGAUCAAACAAUUCAUACUCAACCUAAGGUACAGUUUCAUCCUUUUUUAACCUAA